AUGUAUCUGAUGAGCUUUACUUGCAUUUUAGCUGUCGAAAUCCUGUCCAGUUUGAAUCAAAGCGUAGAACCUUGUGAAGACUUCUACCAGUUUGCCUGUGGUGGUUGGCUGAACAGACAUGAAGUUUCUGAUAUGAAGCAUAAAACCUGUAUCUCUGAUGAAAUUGAAAAGGAUAUCGACGUUAAACUCCGAGAUCUUCUAGAAAAUACAAUGACAGAAAAUGAAUCUAAAUAUAUUUCCGAUUUAAAAUCAUCCUAUGAAAAGUGUAAGGAAAAAGGAGGCCCGACAUGGGUAAAACAAGCGGAGAAGAUUAAUUCUUCGGAAAAGACUCAUCAGGAAAAUUGGCAAAGCGUCUCUGACAUUCUGAAGACUCUUGGUGGGUGGCCAGUAUUGGAGGGAGAAAAGUGGAAUUCGUCUUCAUUCGACUGGCUUCAGACUCUUGUUGAGCUCCGCAAGAUGGGCUUGAAUCACGAUAUCUUUAUUCAAUUAUAUGCUAAGAAUGAUGCCAGUAAUAACACUGUGCAUGUGAUAAAGUUGGACCCAGUGUUGUCAGGAAUAUCGAAUCAUACGUAUUUACCGUAUAAGCAAAAUGAUUCAUCGAUCGAUAGUUUGCUCGAAUCCAUGAUGGAAGUAGCUCAGCAGUUGAAUGGCAAAAUCAAUACUACAGUGGACGAUUUUCGAGAAGUUGUCAGUUUUGAAACCACAUUUGCCGAACUCUCUUCUCCACAGCAAGAGACACAAGACAUUAGCAAUGCAAGUAAGAAUUAUACAGUUCAGGAGCUCAUGGAUGAGGUACCUCAGGUACUCAAGAUUUUUAAAUAUGUUCAUAAUGAGUUUUUAAAUAUGAUAGAAGAAAAGGAAUGGUUAGAUGUAGAAACUAAAAAACGAGCCAAAGAAAAGGCCUAUGCCAUGAAAUUGUAUAUUGGAAACCCAAAAGACCCUAGGUCGGUUAUUUAUGUCUCUGAUCUUUACAAAAACGUAGCAAGAAUUAAUCUAGACAGAUCAGCAAAGAGGCGCAGUGGUUUCCAAGGAGAAGAACGGAAUACCACCAUGGAAACAUUUAGAGCAAACGCCGUAUAUUCAGAGAAUGAAAAUGCUAUUGAUAUGCCCGUAGCAUAUUUACAGAAUCCCAAUUUCAACAAGGAUCGACCACAAUAUCUGAAUUUUGCAGCCAUGGGUUAUAUCAUUGGCCACGAGAUUUCGCAUGCAUUUGAUACAGAAGGUCGCUAUUAUGAUAAACAUGGUAAUAUCUUCGACUGGUUCGGAAAAAAAGCUGCCGAAAAGUUUGAAGAGAAGGUGAAAUGUAUUAUAGAACAGUAUGAUAACUAUACUGAUAUGUACGGGAGGAAGAUCGAUGGGAAGGCAAAGCAAGGAGAAAGUAUAGCUGAUAAUGGUGGUUUAAAUGCAGCUUACAGGGCUUAUCAGUCGUGGGUAAAAGACCAUAAAAGCGAAGGGAAAUUACCGGGACUGCAGAAUUAUACACAAGAUCAGUUGUUCUUUAUAAGCACAGCAAGAUUAAUGUGUGAGAAAUACACAGAUGUAGCAAAGAAUGAAGGUGCACAUGCGCCAAGUGACGUUAGAACGAUAGGAAUGAUAUCUAAUAUGCCAGAGUUUGCAAAAGCAUUUCAGUGCUCAGAAGAUUCUAAAAUGAACCGAAAAAAUAAGUGUCGAGUUUGGUAGGAGAGCCAAACGAAGAAUCGGAAUUUUAGAAACGUUUUGUAGGGGCACUGUUAUUAUUGCUGUAACUGAUAUUGUUUACUGUUAUCAUUUUUGAAUGUAUGCAUAAAACAUUGCACUUAAGAUUUAGAAGUAGUUACAUAAUUGUAAACUCUUCUUUCAAUAAAAUAUUUAAAUUUAUUUGCAAA